CUCCGGGGCGGUGCUGCAUCGGGGCCCGCCCCACGGUCCCGCCCGCCCCACCAUCUCUUACUCCCAGAACUGGCCGGAGCAGGGCGGACCGGGCCAUGUCCGCUGAGCCUGAGUUCAUUGAGCUGCGGGAACUGGCACCCGCAGAGCGCUCCGGCCCAGGUCGCACCCGCCUGGAGCGUGCCAACGCGCUACGCAUCUCCCCGGGCACAGCGCGAAACCCAGCAAGGCAGCCGGUCCGGGGCCGUGGCCACCGCUUCCAGCCUGCGGGGCCCACCACGCACACGUGGUGCGACCUCUGCGGUGACUUCAUCUGGGGCGUCGUGCGCAAGGGCCUGCAGUGCGCGCACUGCAAGUUCACCUGCCACUACCGUUGCCGUGCUCUCGUCUGCCUGGACUGCUGCGGCCCCCGGGAUCUUGGCUGGGAACCAGCGCUGGAGCGGGACACGAACGUGGACGAGCCUGUGGAGUGGGAGACACCUGACCUUUCUCAGGCUGAGAUUGAGCAGAAGAUCAAGGAGUAUAAUGGCCAGAUCAACAGCAAUCUCUUCAUGAGCCUGAACAAGGACGGCUCCUACACAGGCUUCAUCAAGGUUCAACUAAAGUUGGUGCGCCCUGUCUCAGUGCCCUCCAGCAAGAAGCCACCCACCUUGCAGGAUGCCCGGCGGGGCCCAGGGCGGAGCACAGCCGUGAGGCGCCGCACCUCCUUCUACCUACCCAAGGAUGCUGUCAAGCACCUACAUGUGUUGUCACGCACACGGGCACAAGAGGUCAUCGAAGCCCUGCUGCGCAAGUUCUUGGUAGUGGAUGACCCCCGCAAGUUUGCGCUUUUUGAGCGUGCUGAGCGCCAUGGCCAAGUGUGCCUCCGGAAGCUGUCAGAUGAUGAGCAGCCCCUGCGGCUGCGGCUCCUUGCAGGGCCCAGUGAGAAGGCCCUAAGCUUUGUCCUGAAGGAGAAUGAUUCUGGGGAGGUGAAUUGGGAUGCCUUCAGCAUGCCCGAACUACACAACUUCCUGCGCAUCCUACAGCGGGAGGAAGAGGAACACCUCCGCCAGAUCCUGCAGAAGUACUCCUACUGCCGCCAGAAGAUCCAAGAGGCCCUGCAUGCCUGCCCCCUGGGGUGACCUCUUAUACCCCUGGGUGGAAGGAGGAGAGUAGGCAGCACAAAGGGCAUGCCGUGUGAGUGUGACAGGGCCUGUGUGGCCUGAGGAAUGAGUGUGCGUGGAGGCCCUCAUCUUGCUGGUGGAAUGAACCUAGAGAACAGCGAAGGAGCUGGCUCCCUGUGUCCACCCAUGGGUGUAGCAGAGCAUGGCUCUGCACCCUCUGCCAUUCGUGAGUCAUGGUGGGCCAGGGUUGCCCUGGGAAGCUGCUCCAGGCUUGCAGCUAGGGUAGAGCAGGCAGAAGUCUCCUUAAUUCGUGUCUCAGAUAUGAGAAUCUUGGAGACCCAACAAACAGAAUAGGGUCAUGUUUGCAAGGAUGAGGACCCUCAUCUUUGGGGAAAGGUUCUAUGUUUUGGGUCUUGGAUGGGGUCUCAGGACAGCCCUAUCAAAGCCAAUAGUGGGUGUUCAAGAUAGGGCAGGCAUCAAGGAAGGAUCUACGUUUCCCUCUACAGUGCCCUCUGGUUCUGCACACACCCGGGAAUCGGUGUGCUGGCUCACAGUGCAGCAACAGUGCCCCAGUGCUUCCUCCAAGGAGGAUGUCCCUGGGUCACGGUCUGUGUGAGUGUGGGCACUGGUCCGCGUCCAUGCCUUGUUUGCCAAUCAAAGCCAGGGUCUUUACUUCAGGUAUUUUGAUGAUGUGAGUGAAUGUACACUAUUUUGUGGCCUCAGAUAAAUGCCUCCUGUGGGGAAAGGGGUGGGGGUAACAGUCAUCAUCAGGGCCUGGGGCCUGGGGCCUGGGAAAAUUUGGCUGAAUAAAGAUUUAAGAUUCU